AUGUGCAAAGUGAUCGGAACAUGCAGUUUUGGAAUUCAUAUGAGAAAGGUUGUGUUCACACUGACGGUCGUUUGCAAGAUUCAGAGUCUUGUAGGAGAAUUCUUGUCCAGUACGGACCAAUGCAAGAGAAAACAGACCGAGACAGCCUCCAGAUCACCAAGACAAACAAACUGGAUCCCCCCAAAAGGGCCUAAAAUCAAAUACAACUGCGAUGGGACUUUCAGUAACAAGAUGAGCACAACUCCAGUGGUCAUUGUUGCUAGGAACAAAGAGGGCCAGCUUUUGGAGGGCAGAGCAACCACCAUUCCGAUAGUUUCUAGUUUGUAUUUUGAAGCGGCUGUAGUGAGGGAAACUUGCUUAACAGCAACUACUCUACAAACGGAGAGAGCCAGCAUUGAAAGGAUAUGCUCGCUGAGAGGUUUUGUGGUGGGCGACGCCAAGCGAUGGGUCAGCUGGCCGUGGGCAUCCCAGGAGUGCUGCUUGGUGGCUGUGUGGUGCUUUGGGCGACGCCUCAAGGCUGCUGGGGAGUUGGAUGGGCAGAUUGGGCGACGCCUUGAGGAGGCUGGCAGAUUGGGCGACGCCAUGAGGAAGCUAGUGGGUGCCUUGGGCGUUGGCUGUGGUGGUCCCACCGUUCUAGCACUAGGCCUCAUUUUUUAG